AUGAGAGAAGCUGAAAAUUAUCCACCACUAUGGGAUAAUGUUCCAGACUCACUGGCUGGUUUUGUUACCAUCCAUAACAAAACGGUUAUCAAUCCUUGGAAUUAUCUGGAACGAAUGGGAAUGUAUAAAAUACUUCUGAGUGUCACAGCUAAGUACAUGGAAAGUUUUGGACCCAGGAAUACAGGAAAUAUGUUGUGGGGUUUGCCACUGCAACAUGGAUGGCAGUUUAACACAGGUAGAUUAGCAGAUCCAUCUGAUGCAACGUCUUGUGGUCAGCAAACUGGUGACCCACUAUGUAUUUCAACAACAAGUUGGUGGUCCUGCAUGAAUUACUAUCUGGCCACCAUACCAUUUCUGGGUGCAGUUGAAGCAGGCUUCUUUGAUGAAUGGCCUUUUGAGAUAGAAAUUUCACCUCCUGAAGAACAUGUGGAUGAUUUUUGUUACAACACCAGAGACUGUCAUGUACUCAUUCCUGAUACAAUGGCUAAGUGGACAAAUUUUUUUCAGCUUUUGAAAAAAACACGGGAUAUUUCCCAAAGCCGACUGUUACCUAGCAUCUCUCCAGAGGAGGAUAAUGUCUGGCGUUAUAUCUGGAUAGCACACGUAUCUUCAAUCGAAGCUGCACUUCCAAAAUUUUCUGAAAGAUUAACAUACAUUUCAGCUCCUGAAGCGCAAUUUGGUGUCAGCUGGGGCAGUGCAGUAGAAUUUAUUGCUGCUGCUCAUUUUCCCACGAACUUUAAUCAAACUAAUGUCUUCCAAGUGUACCUUCCUCAGCGAAUGCUAUUGGCACACGAUAAAGCACCAUCUAUUCCUGACCUGAGUAAAAAGGAAAACUGGGCCUUGGUUGCACUUGACAUCAUAUAUGAAGGAAACAAAAUGACAGAUGGCGGAUUAUUGAAGUUCUGGAGGAGAGCAAUGUGCUCAGAAAGAGGGAGAGAGGAAGGUCGAAAUUUGUUGGAAAAUAUUGUUUCAAACCCUGACCUCAUUUUACCUGGGAUACGUAAACUUCUUGUGGAGUUCAUUAAGAAUUACAACUGUUCUAUAACUGAUGCUUAA